AUGCCUAAUAGUAAUUCUUCUAGUCAUGGUUCAUCGUCCUCGCGUCGUAGCAGACGCUCGGCAUCCUCGCUUCGAGGUACAUCUUCUAGACGCCAUAGAGAUGGUUAUGAGCGAUCGAAGGCAAGUAUGCAUAGCGCCUCAAUACCCUCGGUUUCGGUCGGACGACAUGAAAGAUUGGGUCCAGAAUUGAUGUCAGAUUUUGAGGAGGAGGAUGCGGAUGCAGAUGCGAAUAGUGGGGAGAAGGUAGAAGAUAGCGAUCAAGACGAGGAGGAGGAGGAGGGAAGAGAGGCGACAAAACAAUCGUCGUCAAGAUAUCAUGUGAGUAACGCCAAAAGAUCACAAUCCCUGACCUUGACCUUGACAUUCAAAUAUCAAAUUAACUCACAAAUCCAAUUACAAGUCCCAGAUUCCCCUCCCCCAUCCUCAAAAACGAAGACGAAGGCGAACAGGUGGUUCUAA